AGCGAGCUCUUUCCGGCGCGUUGCGUGUGACGCACUCGGUCGGCGCCGGGCUGGCCGGCGGUCGGCGAGCGGCAGGAGAUGGCGGAGUAUCUGGCCUCCAUCUUCGGGACCGAGAAGGACAAAGUCAACUGUUCAUUUUAUUUCAAAAUUGGAGCUUGUCGUCAUGGAGACAGAUGUUCUCGAUUACACAAUAAGCCAACAUUUAGCCAGACCAUCUUGAUUCAAAACAUCUAUCGUAACCCCCAAAACAGUGCACAGACGGCUGACGGCUCACACUGUGCUGUGAGCGAUGUUGAGAUGCAGGAACAUUAUGAUGAAUUCUUUGAGGAGGUCUUCACAGAAAUGGAAGAGAAGUAUGGGGAAGUUGAGGAGAUGAAUGUUUGUGAUAACCUUGGAGAUCAUCUAGUUGGAAAUGUGUAUGUCAAGUUUCGUCGUGAAGAAGAUGCAGAAAAAGCUGUGAUUGACCUGAACAACCGUUGGUUUAAUGGGCAGCCAAUUCAUGCUGAGCUCUCUCCUGUGACUGACUUCAGAGAAGCUUGCUGCCGUCAAUAUGAAAUGGGAGAGUGCACACGAGGAGGCUUCUGUAACUUUAUGCAUUUGAAGCCCAUUUCUCGAGAAUUGCGACGUGAGUUAUAUGGACGUCGUCGUAAGAAGUGGCAAAGGAAAGUGAACGUCACAGAAUGGCAAGAAGCUUCUGAUAAACUGGUGAAUGUGAAGCAUAGAUCCAGGUCAAGGUCCCGUGAACGUCGUUCUAGAUCCAGAGAUCGUGGUCGUGGUGGCGGUGGCGGUGGCGGCGGAGGAGGAGGUGGAGGACGGGAACGUGAUAGGAGGCGGUCAAGAGACCGUGAAAGAUCUGGUCGAUUCUGAGCCAUGCCAUUUUUACUGUAUGUCUGCUAGAAAGUGGUGUAGUUUGACCAAACAAGUUCGUAAUGAGAUUUUUUUUUAAAGAAGGGCUUCUGAAUAAAAACUUGUAGUGAUACAGUAUUCUUUGUGUAACUUGUUUCUUGUGGGGGAAGUCUUUUUAACUGUCAUUCCUCUAUCUUGACAAAUACCUGGAAUUAACUAUGCUUGAGUUAAAAGGUGGCAAUUGUAUUAGAGGUGUGCCAGUCUUUACAUUCAGGUAUGAAUUGAACUGUUAAUGAAAAUGCAUGUAUAUAAUAUAAAUUAUAUACAUGGGGGGACAAAUAUACUGCUUAAGAAAGUUACCCACCUAAAUUUUCCUUUUCUGCUAUGCUGUCUGCUUAUUUAGGUUAGUUUAGGCACACUUAAAGGAAGGCUGUGUGAAGUGCUUUUAUUUACCCAAUAGAAAUGCUUAGUUACAAAAUAUGUAUGUUUGUUUGUUACUAGAAGUCUGUGCACUGUCUAUCACUGUGACUGUGGCAUUUACAAUAAAUCCAGUUCUUUGGUGUAAAAUCUAAAGCCUAUUCUCUAAGCACUGCAGAGUAGCUGAGUUACUACUCUUGGCUUUGCCAGAAUUCAUAGUUAAAUUUUACUCGGGAUUCUAUACAUACAUGCACACACACUUCUUGAAUAAUAGCUUAGAAAGAAAAUGUAUCUAGUGUAGUGUGUAACUUUAAAAUUAUGAAGUGUCCUCUAGUAAGUCAGCACGUUAUGAUGCCAGAAUGCAUGUACCAUGCAGCAGGGUAAUUUCUGGAUAAGGAUAUCUAAGAAGAAAAAUUCAAGAAUCGAAGCUGUCUUUUGCUCCAUGGUCCAUUAACUGUUUGAUAAUCAGUAAGUUGGACACCAGUUUAAAGUAGUAUAUCUUCUCUAACUCCCUUGUCACCUCCAAGAUGCCUGAAAUGGGUUCAAAGUAUUUGUCCUACCUAUUGCAUUUAUAGCGCAGCAAGUUAAUGGACAAAGGGUGUAUCUACACAUGCUAUUAAGAUGAUGUGAUAAACUCUGGCUCAGUUUACACGGGAAUCAGCUGCUCCUAGGAGCAAGUAUCUCCAUGUGUGCCUGGUAACAGCUCCGAGGUGACAGGGCACAAGGAAUCAGCCCUGGGCAGCUGUGGCAGUGUCAGGGCUGACCAGUGACAUGAGAGUACUAAAGUGUGGAGCUAGACAGCAGGCAGACCCUGCACCCUUGUGCCCUACCCAGCCUCUGUCACCAUCUGCAUGUGCAUUUUUGCAGAAUUAAGUACUCUGCUGUAAGGUAGUGCUGUCCCCAACAGUACUGUCUUACAGCAGAGUUAAUCUACCACACCCUAAUACCAGUGCACAUGUAGAUGGUGAUGCUUUACUGUAGCACUAAUUAGUCAACUCUGCAAAAUAAGGUGCAUGUGUUUAGAUGCACCCAGAAAGAGCCGUUUUAAUUGCAAGUCUAAUCUGUUUUUUCAUUGCAAUUGUAAAACAUUCUUACAAAUUGAUACAGCAUGUAGAAUACAUAUUUUGUCAUUCAGUGUCUCUUAAAGGCCUUAGAACUAUAACCAAGGAUGCUGGCACAUAUUAAAAGCUAAAUAACUUUUGCAGUUCGCUGACUUUGCAAGCUGCCUAGCCAAAAUUGAAUUCUUGUCUGCUUAUGUAGCAGUUCAAAAAACAGUAUGAAAGUUUGAUCUGUAGGGAGGCUGUCUACAGCCUCCUGGACCUGAAGAAAUACCCAAUUUAACUAUAUAGCUCUCAGGAGGGAGGAAACACUGUCACUGGUGUUUGUAGGUUGUCUUAAAAUUGCCAAAAACACGUGUUUUAAAAAUUUGAGGAACGGCUCUUAAAGUGUAAUAAAUAUGGAAGCAUGGUGAUAGUGACUAUUCACAUUUAGUUCUUAUUUUGUUAGCGCCAAAACCUGAGCCAGAGAGUUGAUUUUAAUUUGCUGGAACUUGGCAUUGUGGACUAGAAACUAGUUCAAUAAUAGUGACAGAGGGAAGUAAGAAUCUUGACUUCUAAAUAAACUUUUGGGCCAGCUCGGAAUGCAAGUUAAACCUAGCCCUGUGCCGAAUGCUUCCACCAACUAGGUUUUGAAGGGUUUUUUUGUUUUGGGGGUUUGUUUUUUUUAAGACUAAUGUCUUAAAAGCAACAGAAUCUUUAAUAUGAUAUAUAAAGAUAUCUUCAUUAUUUAAAUUAUGCUUUUAAGCGCAUUGCAAAUCAGAUCCUAGCUUCCUUUCAUUUGAAGGGCUUCCACACUGCCUGAAAGACCUCAGUGGUGAUAUUGGUACAGACUGAAACCAAGUUAUUGACACAGUCCUUCAUUUGGCCUCUAGGUUGGACAAAGCAUUAACGUAUUCCCACGUUCAGUGAGAUUCAGUAUUGCACUUGUGCCUCUAGGUACACUUCAACGUCCAGCAAAAUCUUCCUCUACAUAUGCAGUGUCUAGCAUAGUAUGGGCAUUGCUGAACUACCAAAAUACGAGUAUUAUAGAACUAUAUAUUGUGUAUAUAAGUACAAAAUACUUAUGCAAUACACUCAGUCUUCAGUCAAGCCUUCCAAUUAAUCUAAUACUGCCUGUUAGUGGUAAAACUUUGAAUGCAAGUUUUCAAAAGGUACAUUUGCUGAUUAUUUACACAAGCCGUCUAAAGCUGCCAAUGAGGCUUAAUAAUUAGAAGAGAGGUUACUUUAUCCCAGCCUACAUUUCCCACAUCUUCAAAGCCUAGAAUAAGAUUAUUUUUUCCAAAGAUACCCAUUUCUCAUACUUGCAAAUGUCAGGAUCUCUUCUGUUGAACAGAAAUGUUAAUUUAUGGAUUUCUUUGACCUCAAAUAAGUGACAGCAUACAGGACCUCCUGAAGUCUGACUAGACCAAUUAAGACUGAUAAUCCCAAGUGGCUUCCUCUUUAUUUGUAUUAGGCUUAUCUGAUUAUUCUGUGAAAUGCUGCUUGCCCAUGAAUAUGAUGUAUUUUAAGCCUGUAACACCAAAUGGAGAUAAUUUGUUCAAAAUAAAGCAUUUUUUUAUACUGAA